GGGAAGGCAGACAGUGCGCCGAGCGGGAGCACCUGUGGUGUCACGAUGCUACCUCUCAGCACCAUCGAGGGCCAGGAAACGGAGGAGGUGCAGACCAAGCCGCCGGAGAAAGGAGCCCUGCCUUCUGAGGAUCCUGAUGAUCUGCUGAACAAUCCCUCCAAAAAGGAGGGAAGGAUGUCAGCCAAACUCCUGCCGAUCUGUCCCUUGGACAUUAGAACCCUGAAUCUCAGCUGGGAUAUUGCUACCUGAACGAAGGACAGCAUUUCUCACCUAUUGCGCUGGUAUUCCGUUUGAUUAAGGCCUGGCCGGUGAGGCAUAAGGAUUCCCCGGGCAUCUCCGGAGCCAGCCCUGCUCGGGCGCCAAGGACAAGCACUGAGCAAGCCCGCCCGCUCCUGCCAAGGGGCGCAGAUAGACCCGGGUCCGGAGCAGUCCUGAGAGGCAAUCACUUGAGCAUCCUGUACCAGAAGAAGCCCCCCGAGGACAGGGAAGAGAGGUCCUGGGAGCACCUGUGGUGUCACGAUGCUACCUCUCAGCACCAUCGAGGGCCAGGAAACGGAGGAGGUGCAGACCAAGCCGCCGGAGAAAGGAGCCCUGCCUUCUGAGAACCCUGGUGAGGUGCCAAGGAAGCCCCCCAGAAAGAAUGCAAGAGUGUCAGCCAGACGGGUGCCGAUCUGUCCCAUGGGAGCACCUGUGGUGUCACGAUGCUACCUCUCAGCACCAUCGAGGGCCAGGAAACGGAGGAGGUGCAGACCAAGCCGCCGGAGAAAGGAGUCCUGCUUUCAGAGAACCCUGAUGAUCCACCAAAGAAGCCCAUCAGAAUGAAGGGAACAAUGUUAUUCAGAGUCCUGCCGUUCUGUCCUGUGAUUCCCUGGACAUCUUCGGAGCCAGCGCUACCCGGGCGCCAAGGACAAGCACUGAGCAAGCCCGCCCGCUCCUGCCCAGCGGCCCAGCCAGAACCCGGGUCCGGAGGGAGCACCUGUGGUGUCACGAUGCUACCUCUCAGCACCAUCGAGGGCCAGGAAACGGAGGAGGUGCAGACCAAGCCGCCCGAGAAAGGAGCCCUGCUUUCUGAGAACCCUGAUGAGCCACGAAAGAAGUCCACUGGAAUGAAGGGAAGACUGUCAUUCAGAGUCCUGCCGAUCUGUCCCAUGCCAAGUGUUUGCUUCACCUAUUACUUGGAACCGGAUGACUCUGACUCUGAUUCCCAAUUUCCUCCUGAACCUUCGAAACCUGACCCAAAUUGCACCUUUGUUCCUCUGCCUGUGUUAGAGUUUCGUGAAAUCAAGGUGUGUGAAUGUCCCCUGUGCUGUCUCAGCUUUGUCACUGCUUCCUAAUACCUGAGCUCCCUCUGCUUCCUACUCUUGACUCAGCACCCUGGAAUCAUGCAUGCUGAGCUACUGUGAUGUAAAA